AUGUUGUGUCGUUAUGCAGUGCCACGUUGUGCAGCGAAGCUCUUUCCUAACGAUAACGAUGAUGUUUCGCCCUCACAGACCUUCAGCCCCUGGGCAGCCGAGCCCCCGGUCACCACUGACUACUACUAUGAGGAUGGGGAGUACCCGGAGGGGGGCAGCCCCCUGCCCGAGCUGUGUGAGAAAGGGACUGUGCAGAGCUUUGCCCGCACCUACCAGCCGGCUGUCUACCUGCUGCUGUCAGUGCUGGGCGUGGCAGGGAACGGGCUGGUGCUGCUCACCCACGCCCGCUACCGCCAGGCCCAUUCCAUGACUGACGUCUGCCUGCUGCACCUGGCCGUGGCUGACCUGCUGCUGCUGCUGACGCUGCCCUUUGCUGUGGCAGGCGUGCUGCAGGGCUGGCUGCUGGGCACCGACGCCUGCCGGACCCUGCAGGGCUUCUACGCCCUCAACUUCUACAGCGGCUUCCUCUUCCUGACCUGCAUCAGCGUGGACCGCUACAUGGCCAUCGUCCGGGCGCCUGCUGCCUGCCGCCUGCGUCCCCGGGCCCGCUGCUAUGGCUGGCUCGCCGCCGGGCUGGCCUGGCUGCUCUCCACCCUGCUGGCACUGCCCCAGUUCGUGUACAGUCGGGCCGAGGAUCACGAGGACGUCCAGCUCUGCAGGGUGCUCUUCCCUGCCAGCGUUUCCAGGGCAGCCCAAGGAGCCACCAACCUGGCCCAGGUCAUCCUGGGCUUCGUGCUGCCCUUCCUGGUCAUGGUCUCCUGCUACGCGGCCAUGGCCCGCACCCUGUUGGCUGCCCGCAGCUUCCAGCGGCACAAGGCCCUACGAGUCAUCCUGGCCCUGGUGCUUGUCUUUGUGGCCCUCCAGCUGCCCUACAGCCUGGUGGUGCUGCUGGACACGGCCGACAUGCUGGGCAGCCGGGAGAUGAGUUGUGCCCAGAGCCGCCGCAAGGACCUGGCUCUGGUGGUGACCAGCGGCCUGGCCUUCGCCCGCUGCUGCCUCAACCCCGUGCUGUAUGCCUUCGUGGGCGUGCGCUUCCGGAAGGAACUGCGGCUCCUGGCCAGCGAUGCUGGCUGCGUGGGCCGGGCACAGGCUGGGCAGCGCCCCAGCCCCAGGCACCGGGCCCUACUCUCCACCUGGCUGGACAUGGUGUAG